UCUGUCAGUCUUGGUCUGACGCUCGAAGAAGCGUCCAAGCAUCGCCUCACUUACUGCUACCACUUACCAACCGAAAGACCGACGACUAACCACCCUCACUCACCAUUCUCGUAACAGAUCACGGAGAAGAAACUGAAAGUGGUUCACAGUUCGAGUGGCGAACGCAGGGCUGAGAGAAUCUGUCUUAUCACAGAGCCACAAUCACUUUUGACCGAGACAAAUACAAGACAUAAUUAGUGAGGUUCAAGAAUCAAGCUACAUCUUAUCCAGCACUGAUAUCGAGCUGGACCAUUUUUAUCACGGAUUGAAGGAUUUUCUUGUCCAGGAUGAAGACCUUCACGGUGUCCAUUCUCACUUUGGCGUUGUUGUUCGGAUCCUCUAAUGGCAUCAACCACCGGGUUCGUCGAGACGCCGAUGCCGAGUUGUACAGAGAUGCAGUAAAUCCUGCGGAUGGCGGAAAGGUCCCAGAAUCCGCCCACCUUCGUUUAGAGUUGAACAAGUUGGACUCCUUAGGACUCAAAGAUGAGGAAGGGAUUCGAAUGUCUGACGCCCUGAAGGACACCCCGUUGCCGGACAAGCUCAGCGGCGCUGGUGGACCCUCCUCCUUUGCAGGUGGUCCCUCCUCUUUCGUGGGCGGUUCAGGCUACCGUCCCUACAGCUCAGGUUUGUCACAGGCCGAGGAGGCCAUUCUCGAGUCUUCUUCCCAACUUUUCAGUGACCCAAUUGGCAACACCAAUCGGUUCCCAUUUAAUCCAAUAUUUGACUCAAACAAAGAGCAUGCCAGGCAGUUGCCACCCUCUACCAGGGAGAUUACGCCUUACCUGACCGACAACUUAAUUGACGAGGCCGACUCACCUGGUGUUGGAGGGAAAUCCAAUUACGGCGGAGGUGGACCGGUUUCUAGUAAAGGUCAUCUUUUUGUCACAGAUCCAUAUGCUAACCAUGCCCCAGCCCAUGGCUACAACCCCCCCUCUUACGAGAUCGACCCUUAUACCCCACAUGAAGAGACCCCCGUAUAUAAUCCAUACAAACCGGCUCAUGAUCCCUACAAACCCGUCCAUGAUCCCUACAAACCCUAUAAGCCAAAGGGACCCGUGCUAUUGGAGAAACUCCCGUACGAAGUCAAGGAGAUCAAACCCUUGUCAGUGAGCGUCCACAAGACGUACACUUCAUUCGACUGCAGGAAAGCUCCUUAUCUCGAUCGGCACUACGCCGACCCUGAGGCUGGCUGCUCCAUCUACCACUUUUGUCACAAAGAUGGCCGGCAAGAAACCUUCCACUGUGCUCACGGGACAACCUUCAAUGAAUACUUGGGCACUUGUGACCACGCCGAGGCUGUUUAUUGUACUGGUGGAGAUGGCUACGCCGCACCCCCCAAACCUCACCAUGAGAGCAGUUACCACGAAUCUCCCAAACCCCAUCAUGAGACCAGUUACCAUCAUUCUAACCUCAAACCUUCUUAUCAUGAGCCCCAAAAGCCCGUUUACCAUGAACCAGAGCCUUCCUAUUACCAGUCUCCUCAACAAACUUACCACGAGCCCGAGACCUACGACGAACCUGAACCCUACUAUGAUGAACCCGAACACCCACAGCACUACAACCCGCCCUCCUACAAUAGAAAGCCCACUUACUCCGCCCCCAACCCUUAUAAAUCUGUUGCACCCAGUUAUUCUUCCUCGCAGGAUUAUGAGGAACCCGACUAUGGCAAAAAAUCCCCCUACCCACGGCCUUCAUUUGGGCCCGCCUAUGAGCCCACUUUCGAUUUCCCCAAAUUGUCAGGGUUUAAGGCCCCAUUCUAGAAUCCAAGAUCAAAAUUUUGCCAUACACAAAAACAAUUCUCUCCUUCUUUGUCUCAUAAUGUACCUACAUACUACAUCGUAAUCUUAACUUAUUAUCGUAAGCCUUCAUUUCAAGCUGAUCUCCUCUGCUUAGAAGCCCUUGGAAUAAUUUACAACUACCUAGUAGCAAGAAUUUGUAUCAUUUAUAAAUAAUACACCCAUACAA